AUGAACGCAGCAGCAGCAGCAGCUCCCGGAGGCUCCAAGGCAGCUCCUCCUAAGUUCAAGCAGAAGGAGACCAGGCAGUUCAAGAGCAAGGCUCCUAAAGCUGGACAGAAGGGGUUUGACAAUGAUGUACCGGGCAUGGACGGUCUUGGAGACUCUGCAGUCAUCUGCCCCUGGGAGGCGUUUGGAGACAUGGAGCUCAGUGAUCUGGCUCAGUUCGGCAUCGUCUAG